UAAAGUUUCAGUCACUGUUUCCUCACGGACGGUCAUCUGUGUGGUACCAGCUGUACACAUGUGUAAACAAGCGUCUCUCGCCGUUAGCGUGACAGAAACAUCACAGAUGCUGAGUCAGAGGCAGAAACAUUGAGUCGUAGUUUAUUUAAAAAGUCUGAAGAACAAAACAAAAGUUCAUUCAGGAAACAGACUUCUACGGGAAAUGGCGUCUUCAGCGCAACAACACGAGAGCGACGACGACAUGGACGAGUUUAUGGACAAAUUCAAGACCCUCGAAUAUAAAAACGCCUUCAGCAAAGACAACUGGGAAGAGGAGUUUGAUAAAGUUCCCAUGUUCAUGAAAUCUCUCCCCGAUGAGAUCGACCCAAACAAGUACCCGGAACUGGCCUGUAUCCAGUCCAUCAUCCACAGUGAGGACAGGUCUCCAGAGGAACAAGUGAAAUGCCUGAAAAACGAGGGAAACGACUUCUUCAAGGAGAAGAACUAUCAGAAGUCCAUACUGUGCUACACAGCAGGUCUGCAGAAGAAGUGUGGGGACCAGGAACUCUGCACGGUUCUUUUCACCAACCGUGCUGCAGCACACUUUUAUCUGGGCAACAUGCGCUCUGCACUGAACGAUGCUGCAGCUGCAAAGAAGAUCACACCAGGUCAUCUCAAAGCCUUGAUCAGAGGUGCUCAGUGUUGCAUAGAGCUGCGCAACUUUUCAGAGGCCCUCCAGUGGUGUGACGAGGGACUGAAAGUUCAUCCCACCGACAAGAAACUUCAGGAGCUGAGAGCUGCCGCAGAUAAACACAGGAGAGCAGCAGAGAGAGACGCCAGGAAGGCCAAGGUGAAAGCGAAGAAGUUGCAUGGUGAGAAAGAAGCUCUUCUGGCAGCUAUAAAGGAUCGAGGCAUCAAGUUUCUUCAGUCUGCAAAGAGGUGCGGUUCAGACGAUGAAGAUGAGGAUGAAGGCUCCCCUGCAGUGAUGUCACAGCUGAGUCUUGACGGCAUCAGCUCGCAGGAGGCCACAGGUGCUCAGGUCUUCCAGGACGAGCAGGGCUCCCUGCACUGGCCUGUCCUCUUCCUCUAUCCUGAACACCAGCAGAGCGACUUCAUCUCGGCUUUCUGUGAGAGCAGCUGUUUCGUUGAUCACUUGACCGUCAUGUUUGGAGAAGAACUCCCACCCUGGGAUGUGGACAGAAAAUACCUCAUACAAAAUCUGCAGUUGUACUUUGAAGAUGAAGAGAAGGAGACACUUUACCAAGUAAACCCAGAGACGCCACUGUUAGAAGUGUUGCAGCAUAAAAGGUUUUUUGUGAAAGCAGGAAGUCCCAGCUUCAUCGUUUUGGUAACGGGAUCAUCGUUCUGGAAGCAGUUUAUAUCAGGAAAGAAAAUACGAGGAUUGUAAUUUUUAUAUUGGUCUUCAAAUCUCUGAUUUUUAAGACACAAAAUUAUGUUUUUAACCCAAAACACUUAUGUUGUUAAAGAAAAAAGGCACCCAAGGCAAAUGCAUGUAUGUCUUUGUGCCUCUGUACACUGUAUGACACAGAAUCUCAGUGUAAAUGAAAUAAAUGAAUUAUAUAAGAGCUA